UCGUCACUCAAUCUGCUCAUAAUGGCCUCCACAUAAUCACAGUGUUAAUGGACACGACACUGCAGCCGGAUCUCAUCUCCUCAUCUCAUCUCAUCUCCUCCUCCUCUUCUCCUCUCCUCCUCCUCUUCUCUUCUCUUCUCUUCUCGUCUAUUCCUCGUCUCCUCGUCUCUCGGUGUCCUGCAGCAGGAGCAGCAUCCUCACAUGCAGCAUGGCUUUUCCUUUAAGAAGAUCAGCAUCAGAGCCUCAGCUUAAAGGGAUCGUCACUAAACUGUGCAGCCGUCAGGGCUUUCACCUGCAGCUCCAAGCAGACGGAACCAUCGACGGCACUAAAGAGGAGGACAGCAGUUAUGCGGUGUUUAAUCUCAUCCCGGUGGGUCUACGUGUGGUGGCCAUACAGAGCGUUCAGACGAAACUCUAUCUGGCCAUGAACAACGAGGGCUACCUGUACACCUCCGAACACUUCACUCCGGAGUGUAAGUUUAAGGAGUCCGUGUUUGAGAAUUAUUACGUGACGUACUCGUCCAUGCUGUACCGGCAGCAGCAGUCGGGUCGAGCCUGGUACCUUGGCCUCAAUAAGGAGGGACGAGUGAUGAAAGGGAACCACGUCAAAAAGACCAAACCGGCCGCUCACUUCAUCCCCAAACCCCUCAAAGUUGCCAUGUACAGAGAGCCCUCUCUCCACGACAUGACUGAAUUCUCACGAAGCGGAAGCGGAACUCCGACGAAGAGCCGCAGUGCAUCGGCCAUGCUGAACGGAGGGAAGAUCGCAAGCCAGUCGACUUAA